AUGGUUAAAACAUCAUCAAAAAAGCGUCCUCAUGAAAGUAGUUCAAGUAGUGAUGAAUCAGAAUCUGAAAAUGAAUUUCAAGUUGAAGCUAUUGUUGAUAAACGUACAAAAGGAAAAAAAAUUCAAUAUCUUCUCAAAUGGAAAGGUUAUACUGAUGAUGAUAAUACAUGGGAAGAUAAAAAUAAUUUAAAUUGUCCAGAAUUAGUAAAAGAAUUUGAAGAAAAUUUUAAAAAGAAAACAAAUGAAAGAAAAUCAAUACGAAAAAGUGAACCAAGAUCAAAAACAAAAUCAAACAAAAAAGCAAAAUUAGAUGAAUCAUUUGAAGAUGAUGAAAUCGAUGAAGAUUCAUCAAUGAAUAAAGAUAAAGAUAUUUAUUCAAAUGAAAAUGAUGAUGAUCAUUCUCAAGUAGAUGUUACAUAUCAUAGUCCUGCAUCAAUUUUAUCAAAUGGUAAUGAUACAUCAAACAAAUCUCCUAUUAGAUCUAUUUCUAAAAGUGAAAGUAUGAAUGGUGAUAUAAAUGAAGAAAACAAGAAUUCGAAUAAUGAAACAAUAACUAGUGAAGAUAAUAAUAAUAGUAUUGAAUUAUUAAAUAAAUCUUCACCAAUAAAAGAAAAUCUAUUAAAUGAACAAUCAAAUGAACCACCUGUUAAUCUUCGUCUUCGUAUAACACCAAGUUCAGCAUCAUCAAUAUCAUUAACACUUAAUGAUAGUGAUAAUAAUAAUAAUACAAAUGAUAAAUCAAUUAUUAUAAAUAAUGAACAAGAACAAGAACAACAAGAUAUUAUAAAUAAUGAUGAUGAAGAAACAAUUGAAAAAAUUGAAGGUGUUAAAAAUGAUCAAGAUGGAAUAUCAUUUAGAAUUAAAUUAAUUGGACAAAAUGAUACACAAUGGAUAUCAGCAAAAAUUGCUAAUAGAAAAUAUCCACAAGCUGUUAUUGCUUUUUGGGAAAGUCAUGUUGAAUUUACAUGA